AGGCUUUUCGGUGUAAGCUAAAGUGGUAAAUGUGGUUGUGUACUAGUCGAGUGUUUGUGUUAAAUAUAGUGUGACCGUAGAAAUUGAUUUUGACACACCAUUUUAAUUGUUAUUGGGUUUAGAAAGGAGUAUUGGUAUUAGUAUUAGUAUAGUAUUCCAUAGUCCGUAAUAAAUACUAGGAGUCAGGUGUUUGACUUGUAAUAAAUGAUCAAUUGACAAUUGCCACUGAAGCUGCCACAGAUUAUUAUUUUCAUGACAGAAGACUACAACAUUGAGAAAAUCAGAAAGAGAACGUUGCACCGCUCUCAAACAUUAACAUUUUCAUUUCUCUCUCCGGGGUUAUGCCGCUCAACUUUUAUUUGGUUAGGUUAUUGGGGGCCCAAUUGAAUAAGCAAAGAUAGAAAGGAAGGUAAAACCGUAAAAGAAUGGCGGAAAAGAGGAAGAUAACAAGUGAGGGUGUUGCACUCAAACAGCAAAACACAGGGGAUUCCUCAAACUCCAACCCGGGCAACUCGUAUGUUCGUAUCAAAUUUGUGACUCAGGAGAAUGAAGAAACAUACUUUAAGGUGCUGCGUGAUGCAAAGCUUCAAAAAGCAUUUGAUGCAUACUAUCGGCACCACAAGUUGAUCAAACCGCUUACCUUCACCUUCGAUGGGUUACGUGUUAAUCCUAACCUCACUGCCGAUGAUCUCAACCUUAAGGAUGGAGAUGCGCUUGACAUCUUCGGCUAUAUGAGUGGUGGUGGUUGCAUCCUUUUCCAUGGUUCCGCUAUUCCAUGAUCCAUUUCAAGUAUAUCUUUGUCAGGUUUCAAAUUCAUUUUCGUCAUGAAAUCCUUUUUGGUAAUUGGUACUAGUAUCAACUAUCAAGGUUCAAACUUAGCAACUAGACUACUCGUAUUUUUUGUGGUGAGGAAAGUAUUGUGGAUCAUCUCCAUUAAGUGUAGUAAACAUGAAUCCUUUAACGCAUGUAUCUUGCAUGAAUCAUGGUAUGUAAAUGUUUUUGCCAAAAACAGUGUGAUUAUAAUUCUGUUUUUACUUUAGCCUUAUCAAGAA